GCCUGUUUUUCUUCACCUGUGGACUGGAGACUCAGGCCUCACUCACUUCGGUUCCUCAAUUAACAGCAGAACCAUCAGCAAAUGUUUGUUGGAUAAGGACAAAUAAAAAGGUUGGAAAGGAGCGAAGCCUUUUUGACUUGUUUCAGUUGUUCCCGCCUACUCCAUCUUCUUCCAGUUUGCGGAACUUCUGGAAACUGAAAACUACCACCGUAAGAUAGAUGGGACUAGUAAAAACAGCAAAGCUCAAAUCCUUGCGAGCCUCUUGAAGGAGGUCCCAACAGUCAUGGAGAAGCGCCUUCAGGAGGCUCAGCUAUACAAGGAGGAAGGAAACCAGCGCUACCGGGAAGGGAAGUACCGAGAUGCUGUGAGUAGGUACCAUCGAGCUCUUCUUCAGCUGCGGGGUCUGGACCCAAGUCUGCCUUCCCCUAUACCCAAUCUGGGACCUCAGGGCCCAGCGCUUACACCGGAGCAGGAGAACAUACUGCACACCAUCCAGACCGACUGCUACAACAACCUAGCUGCCUGUCUCCUCCAGAUGGAGCCAGUGAACUAUGAACGAGUGAGGGAAUACAGUCAGAAAGUCUUAGAGCGACAACCCGAGAAUGCCAAGGCCUUGUAUCGGGCUGGAGUAGCCUUCUUCCAUCUGCAAGACUAUGACCAGGCUCGACACUACCUGCUGGCUGCUGUCAAUAGGCAACCUAAAGAUGCCAAUGUCCGGCGGUACCUCCAGUUGACACAGUCAGAACUCAGCAGCUACCAUAGGAAAGAGAAACAGCUGUACCUGGGCAUGUUUGGUUAGUGAAGAAAAAGGAUGCUUCUCAACUUGAACUCAAGUGGACAAGUAAAGACCCCUCCAGGGAAUCUGAGCCUCGGCAAGAGAAAUUCACUGUUUACCUCUGACCCAGGUGGAUUUGCAUUGUUUCCUGUUCUGCACAGCUCUUUGCUACUUAGACCAUCUGCAUCGUUUAUUGUCUGUCCCCUAGUAUAUUUGAAUGGCUUUCAAUCCAUGUGUGCCUGGAGAAGUAGACUAGAGAGCAUUCAUCAACUUUGGGUGGAAUCGACUCUAUUUGUGGCGUAGACUUACUGAGAUGUUAGACGCUUUCAGACACAGAGCAGAGGCCAGUGAAGGAUGCGACAGCAAGGAUUGGCAGAAGGAAUCUUCUGCUGUUUCCUCAGAUGCCUUUGCUUUUCCUACUGGGAUAUGGAUAUAUGUAAACAAGAUAAUUAUACAUUGAGCCCGAGUAUAUUUAUAUUAAAGAUUUGCAAUUAAUAA